CUCCAGCAAGAAGAUAUUGUAUCCUUUACGUUGACGGGUCGCACCUGGCCGGCGAACCACCGGCGAAACAGCCGUCGCCACAGCUCACGAGGGGCGGAAGUCAAGGUGCAGCAGCGGCCGGUCCCCAACGGCGCGCUCCAUUCCAGCAACAACCUGAACCAUUCUUCACGGGCGGGCGGGCUAUAGCCGCCGCCUGGCCUAGCAUACACCUCCCCCUUGUCAGCCGCUCCCAGUUGGCCACCCGUCUCCGGCACACGGAGAAGACGCGACGAAGCACCGUCGGAAUCAAUUCCAGAAACAGACCCCUUUCCAACUCCCCAAUCGACGGCGGCGGGCGUCCAGCAUCCGUAGCCGCCGCACCCGACCGGAGCCCCAGCCCAGAGGGCGGGCGGAGGAACACAGAGAUUCAAAGAAAUAGAGGAGGCACCGAGGCAGGCAGGACAUCGAGCCUGGUGCCACCCCGUGCUCGCCGCCGUUCAGCUCGCGGCCGCUUCCCCUGCAGCGAAGGAGCAGCAGCAGGAGGAGGAGGAGGCGGUGGUGGUGCUCGCCCCUGAAGCCGCCGUCGACUUCGGACCGCCGGCUCCGGCAGGAGGAACCUCCGCGCUUCGUUCGCCCUCCCGCUCGCCAGGGGAUCCGCCCGGCGAAUCCAUCGAAUCGCCCCUCCUGCCCGCGCCGGAGACCAAGAUGCCGCCACCGGGACCGGGAGCGGCGGCGGCGCCCAUCCAGCUGGGGGUGCCGCCCCCGUACCUCCGGACCCACGGGGCCAAGAUGGCGCGGCGGCACAUGUACGACUGGAUCGUGCUGCUCCUCCUCGCCGCCAUCGAGGUCGUGCUCAACCUCAUCACGCCCUUCCACCGCUUCGUCGCCGAGUUCAUGAUGGACGACCUCCGCUACCCCAUGAAGCCCAACACCAUCCCCGUCUGGGCCGUCCCGAUAUACGCCGUCAUCCUGCCGAUGCUCAUCUUCGCCGCCAUCUAUGUCAAGAAGAAGAAUGCCUACGACCUGCACCACGCCAUACUAGGCCUGCUGUUCUCCGUGCUCAUCACCGGCGUCCUCACCGACGCCAUCAAGGACGGCGUCGGCCGGCCUCGCCCCAACUUCUACUAUCGCUGCUUUCCUGACGGGGUGCCGAACUACAAGGCGGUCACGCGACAAGUCAUAUGCCACGGAGACGCAAAAGUCAUCAAAGAAGGGCACAAGAGCUUCCCCAGUGGCCACACUUCAUGGUCCUUUGCCGGGCUGGGCUUCCUGUCGUGGUACCUUGCCGGCAAGAUCAGGGUGUUUGACCGGGGCGGACACAUUGCCAAGCUCUGCAUCGUGAUCCUGCCGCUGCUCUUCGCUGCGAUGGUCGGCGUGUCACGGGUCGCAGACUACUGGCACCACUGGCAGGAUGUGUUUGCCGGUGGAAUCCUUGGGCUGGUAGUUGCUUCGUUCUGCUAUCUGCAGUUCUUCCCGCAUCCGGCUAGCAAACACGGGCUGUGGCCUCAUGCAUUCCGGCACCACAAUCCGAACCCGGAAACUGAGAACCAAGGAACAACAGAUACCCAUCAGUCGGUGCCGCCGCAUGAUCUGUCCAUGGUACAAUAUGUUGCCUCCAUGGAGAUGAGAACCAAUGGCCGAGCGUUGGAUAACAUGGAGGCUGGCAGCGGCAGAGCCUGGUAACUGAAGACGACCACCAUGGGGAUGGGGGCAGGCACGCACCAUGAGAGACAUCAACCUUGUAGGUAGGUAGGUACUAGUAGAACUCUUGUUCUGUAUAUGUUUCUUGUAAAGACAAAUAAAAUUGCGCGAUUUCGUUCGUGGUUGGACCGAAUUAGUUCUAGUCCUUGAGUUUUCAGAAUCAAUCCAUUGAUCUAGUCCUAAA